AUUGACCCAACCGCCAUUUCUCCAUCUUCAAACUUCAAGCCGUUCCACCAAGAAAAAAGGGCGAGAAACAAAGGACACAGAAAAGUUUCCACUUUCCUCGGUGAAGCUGCAUUUCUAUGCUUAACACGAUUGCAUUUUUACCACUUCAGGAAUGGAACCGGCUCAUGAUAACGAUAAAUCAGAGAACGAGAAAAGUGGAGCUGAGCUAAAUGGUUUGCUGGAAAUUCUACCCCCAGUUGAGUUCUGUUGUGUUUAUGGUUCCACUCUCCAUCCAAACAAUCUCGACAAGAACUCGAUGAUAGAUUGCAUUAUUGGUGUGUCUGAUCCUGAGAAAUGGCAUUCUGAGAACUUGAAGAUGAAUAGGAAUCACUAUGCUUCAUGGUUGGUGCACUUCGGUGGUGCAAGGCUGAUUGCUGGCGUAGCUGAUGAUAUUGGCGUUGGCGUGCACUUCAAUCCAUUUGUUUCGUUGAAUGAUAAGAUGUAUAAGUAUGGAGUUGUUAGAAUGGAUGACUUGAUUAACGACAUUCUGGGAUGGCAGAGAUUCUACCUUUGUGGCCGCUUGCAAAAACCUGUAAAUAUCAUCAUGGAUAGUUUGGAUCUUGAAAAUCUGAAUCACAUUAAUCUGAGGGCUGCAACUUCUGCUGCUCUUCUCCUUUUGCCAUCCAAGUUUACAGAGGAGGAUCUAUAUGCCAAAAUAUGUAGCCUAUCAUAUAUGGGCGACUUAAGAAUGCUCUUUGCUGAAGACAAAAAUAAAGCUGGGGUCCACUUGUUCUUGUGGUUGAGUUGGAGGUCAGGUUUAUGCCCGCCUCCAUUCCUGAAAUUCUCUAAGUUCUUGAAAAAGUGCCAGAGAACCAUGCCUAAAGCUCCACCAUCAAAGGUGAAAAAGAUUGUCCAAGGGCAGUUCAGUUUGUUUCAUAGAAUGUAUAACCCUUUCCUUGAAGAAUAUGCUGCCAAGGACUUGUUGAGACUUUCAUCUUCUGGUGAUGCUCAAGUAACUAUAUCUCAGGAUUGUGGGUCAUCUGCUGCUUCAAAAUUUGUCUCUUCUCUUCCACCACCAAUCAGAAGUCAAAUGGGGAUAAAACUUGGAGAGAAGAAAAUACUGGAUGAAUUGGGUCGAGUUAAACAACAAGUUGUAAUUGGUUCAAAAGAAGAGGCUGCACAGUGUAUGCAGAAGCUUCUUAGGAACAAAGUUAUGAUUUCAAGUGCAAGGCAGGCUGUUGCUGGCCUAUUGACAGUUGGUGUAUUUGGCGGAGCUCGAUAUGUUAGUAAAAAAAUGCAGAAGGCCUGGAAAUCUUAGAUAUAAUCUCCAUUCAGAGAACCAAGGAGUUGAAGGGGCUCUACCAUUUGUGAAGACCUGCCCAGUCCAUUUUUUAUUGUCUAAGAUGGUCAGGGAAGAAGAAGGAAAAGACAGAGAAAAAGAAGGCUCCCUCCUGCACCUGAAGUCAAAAUCCUUAAGGAGAGUGAUACAAGAACAUAUUUCUCCUUUUGAUGAAAUAGGUCCGAAGAACAAUUUUGAGAGAAUGAUGGUCGGGAAGGGUCAACCAAAGAAAAGAAAAUGUGCUUUACGUGUAUGUCUUUUGUAGACGCAGAUGAAGCGACGGUAAAUGUGGAUCAAAUAGCAAGUUUUCGUCUGUGAACAGCGAACAUGUUAAGCCUACGAAAAUUGCUAUUAGAACAUGGAUUUUGUACAACAGGAAUUUCAUUGUUAGACAUGAUGAAGAAGCUUUGUGGUAAAUCUGGCCGAUGAGUGCCCAACAUUUUGUAUUCCUGCCUGUGAACAAAGGCAAAAAACAGCUCGAGAAGGAAUCCUUCAAUCUCCAGAUAUCAGUUAAUUGUCUCUUUACAAUCAGAUGUCUGCAAAUAGAAGUCCUGUUUCUCUCAAUUGCAAAAACCAUUUCAGAGAUGGUUGUCAUUGCUUCUAUAAUCUUAGCUUCUGUACAAAAAGACUUACUUGUUGCUGCAA